AACGCAACUUGCAACUUGCCCUUUGAUCACUUCGACACAUUCUCAAUACAUACCAUCACUUCCUCUCGUAGCACACCAGGAUCACCGGACAAGUUCAUCGACUUGGCCUAAGUAAGAGUGGACCUGCACACGAUGGCGCUUCCCAUCUACGUACCAUUGCUGUACGUGAGCAUCCUCGUCGGAUCACUGCUCCUGUUCAGCAAGUGGCAUAGGAAGAGCAAAGAAGCCGCCAUCCUUACGACCGAACCAUGGUUCCCGGUCCAUAGACCUAGAGACCUCUACAUCUCCCUCCUCUCGCAACAACAGACUCAACCCAUCGACGACCGGAUCCUCAUGGCCGCCCUCCUUCUCCGUGCCUCUGAAGACGUACGCAGGAUCCAUCGUCUUCGAGUCUCCAAACAAGCUCUGGCGGCGCUCAUCCAGUCCGGAGGACUGAACGAGGACGUACAAGCCAGGUUCGCCGCGGCGGAAAAGGAGAUGGAGGCCGAGGUAGUUGAUGUGGUCAGCGAGGCCAAUAGUUACAGGCAAGGAUGGGGACAGUGGGUGUUUGCUAGUGCGAGCGAGAUGGUCGGAAGGGACAAGAUCAAGGAUGUCUUGAGUGGGAUCGACAAGGUCAGGAUGGAGGAAGAGCGCAAAUUCAAGAUUCUCGACCCAACUUUCCGAUCGGCCAUCGCGCCGAUGCCCAUCUCGAACAACGGUCAACCCCAGAUCCAGACCCCUGCGAAACCUAGCACCAUGACCAUGCAGGCCGCCCCUUCCACCUCUACUCCUACUGUGAUUUCGACAAACACCGCCGCAGCCAGUCCUGUCCAGACGUCCGGAUCGACGGGUCAAUCGACCCCGGUCAAGAACAGCGGUACGUCCACCCCGGCGACCGGAACUGGGACAGGAGAAGUCACGCCCGAUCUCAAGAUGGUCGACGAGAAAUCCGGUGACAACGCGAACGAAGUCGUUUCGAGUCUAUCGACGCCCGUAAAAGGAUCGAGCGGCAGCGGCAAGGUGAGUUGAUGUCGCUGGCUUGGGGUCCUGCCAGAUGGACGAUGACCGGAAAUGCGAUCGUCUUCGUGUUUGUGUCGAACAGAGCACACCGGCUUCGGGCAAGAAGAAGAGCAAGAAACGAUAAUCUAACUGUGACCUAGUCAUAGAGCGAGAUCUAUAUCAUGAUCAGGAUUGCCGGGUUGUCGAAUGAUGGAGUGUUUGGGGUUGCAGACAAGGUCUUUGGUAAUCGGUCGCGCGAGCGAUCCAUGAAUUGUCGACCAGCAUGAAUACGCAUGAUACCCAGUAUUGAGAAGCAGGCAUACUCAGGCGAAAUGCAUCCUUGAGGCUGAUGAAAGUCCAGUCAAUCUUUCACGCCGUGAUGAGACCUCGCCGUGAUGAGACCUGGCCGUCAUAGUAGUCUUGACCCAGCCGAUGACAGGGAGAUGAGAAAUGAUGAUUUCCA